CAUUGAAACCACUUAUGUUGCUUGAUUAGAAAGUAAAACCAAAACACCUUUCCCGUACAAAAUCCUUUCCUUAGAACUCAAUUCAGAGUUGCAUCAUUCAAUCCCAUUAUCACAGAGGACCCAAAGGGCAUGAACCAUUAAAACCCAUCAAGCCAUUGUUUACUAUAUGUACAGAAGAAGCCAGUUCAAACUGCAGGCAGUUACAGGGUUUUGAGCUGAAUUUAGGGUUUUGAGCUGAACUUGUGGUUGUCACUGUGUUACAUCCAGCCAGUAACUGACUAUUCCACAGAUGGCAACAGCAAAAUCAAGAACAAGAACAAAAACCCUAGUUUCUGCACUGUCAAUGCUUCUCCUUCUGCCCUGCAUAACAAGUACUGCAGCAAUGAAUGAUAUGAAGAAGAAAGUUACCCAGAUAGAAUUCUACAUGCAUGACAUUGUGAAGGGCAAGAAUGUGACAGCAGUUACAGUGACCAGUGGCCCUCCUCACUUUGGGAUGAUAAGAGUGAUAGAUGAUUCUGUCACUGCAGGUCCCUCACACAAAUCUAAGGAGUUGGGCAGAGGCAGAGGAAUGUAUGCCCAAGACUCUCUCCAAGGUGUUAAUCUCAUGCUUGUUUUCACAGUUGUUUUUCAGGCAGGAGAGCACAAUGGAAGCACAUUGUCUCUGUUGGGACAAGAUAAUACAAUGGAUAUGCAGAGGGAGAUAGCAGUUGUUGGAGGAACAGGGCAUUUUAGGCAUGCUACAGGCCAUGCUAUAUUUGAAACCCAGGCUGUCUUUGGCCUCAAUGCUGUUCUCAAGUUUAAUGUCACUGUUCUUCACUGAUUCUUGCAGAAUCAGUCACUAUUCAGGCACUUUCAAGGAGCCAGGCAGAUUAACUCAGGUUUUAUAUACUUAAAUGUUGGAUAAUAGGUAUGUAUGUGAAUUGAAAGAGAGUUGGGUAGUAUUUAUUUAGUAGUGGUAAUGCAUCACCAUUAAUGGCCGUACAAGCUAUUCAUCCACUUCUUAUAGUAUUGCAUAAGCAGGAAACAAGUGCUAUAUGUUUAUUUAUUAUUUAUGAGAUUGUUCUCACAAUUCAAGUUUC